CGUACGCGUCCGCGGGGCUUGGAUAUGGAGGAGUCGAGCCGUGCCCGUCGUGCCUUGCCUCGCCCUGAAGCACGGCGCCGACGGAGAUAGGCCGGCGUUUUUCAGCAUCUCCAAGAGGAAGGCCAUCAUCGACGACGCCGUCGUUGUCCCGGGAUGACGAACGGCAACGCCUGGGCGACGCCGCGGGGGUGGAUCCUGAUCCGCGACGCCGCCGCCACGUUCCUGCCGAAUCCCCGGGACCCCGACGACAAGAUCCAGCUGGCGCACCUGCCCGAAGCCCUGCACAGCAGAUGCAGCUGCGUGCUCUCCGGCAAGCCGACGAUCCCAGGGUGCGUCGUGCUCCUUGUCGAGCCCGUCGACACCGUCAUUUGGUACUUCCACGUCGGAGAAGACGAGGAGUGGACCAGGCACGAGUACGAUAUUGGCAUACAAAUGCUAGACCCACCCAUAGACGGCAAAGACCAUGAGAAGACGCCGAUAUGCUCUAUCGGUGCUUACCAGGGAAAGUUCUAUUUCAACUCUAACUUCAAAGCUAUUAGCAGGCUAGAGCUCACCCCGACGCCAGUGUUCAGCUCCAUAAGGAUCACCGACCCCAUUGCGGGAGGAUUAGGGGUUUCGGGCGCAGCAAGCGAAUUCUCGGUGGAAUCCGAGAACGAUCUUUACAUGGUCUGCCAGCUUCUUGACUGGGACAUCAGGACCGUCUACGAUGUCACUGUUUAUAAGAUGGAUUUCUCCAAGCAUAAGUGGUGCGUGGCCGAGGACAUUGGUGGCCGUGUGUUCUUGAUAGCGCCAUGGUAUUUCGGCCCUUCGUGUUCGGCUGAGGAGUGUGGGCUGGAGAAGGACCGUGUCUGCGCCAUUUUCGCCCAUUAUAAGUAUUUUGAGGUAUCCAAGGUGGAGGAUGGAGAAACCGAUGAGCAUGAGCUCAUCGAUGCUCCAUAUUCAGAACAUGGAAUGUGGAUUUUGCCCACUGAGACAUAGUCUAGUUUUAGAACUAGGAUUAUUCAUAAAGUUCGUUUUUGCAUCCUUUUGGUUUGUAAAGAAAUAAGUUUUUUUCCUGUGUAACUCAUAGUUAAUCUAUCACUAUAGGCACAAACAUAUUUUACUCAUUCUACAUCCUUUAUUUAUUACU